CGGCACCGUCGCUUCCGGUCUGUGUGGGGGAGGUUCUCGCGCAGGCCGGGGACUCAGGGCAGGUGUUGGCACGCGUGCGGUGAAUUUUUUCGUGAGUCGGCCUCCCUUCCCGCUGGAUCAUGGCCACCGACUCGUGGGCCCUGGCAGUGGACGAGCAGGAAGCGGCUGUCAAGUCGAUGAGUAAUUUGCAAAUCAAGGAGGAAAAAGUCAAACCAGAUACCAAUGGUGUUAUUAAAACCAAUGCCACUGCAGAGAAAACAGAAGACGAAGAGAAAGAGGACAGAGCUGCCCAGUCCUUACUCAACAAGCUGAUCAGAAGCAACCUUGUGGAUAACACAAACCAAGUGGAAGUCCUGCAGCGGGACCCAAACUCCCCGCUCUACUCAGUGAAGUCCUUUGAGGAGCUUCGGCUGAAACCACAGCUUCUCCAGGGAGUCUAUGCCAUGGGCUUCAAUCGACCAUCCAAGAUACAAGAGAACGCAUUACCCAUGAUGCUUGCUGAGCCCCCACAGAACCUGAUUGCCCAGUCUCAGUCAGGUACUGGUAAAACAGCUGCCUUCGUCCUGGCCAUGCUCAGCCGAGUGGAACCAGCAGAGAGAUACCCCCAGUGUUUGUGCCUCUCCCCAACAUAUGAGCUGGCUCUUCAAACGGGAAAAGUGAUUGAGCAGAUGGGCAAAUUUCAUCCAGAACUAAAGCUUGCUUAUGCUGUUCGAGGCAAUAAAUUGGAAAGAGGUCAGAAGAUCAGUGAGCACAUUGUCAUUGGCACCCCUGGGACUGUUCUGGACUGGUGCGCCAAGCUCAAGUUCAUUGACCCCAAGAAGAUCAAGGUGUUUGUUCUGGAUGAGGCCGACGUGAUGAUAGCUACUCAGGGGCACCAAGAUCAGAGCAUCCGCAUCCAGAGGAUGCUGCCCCGGAACUGCCAGAUGCUGCUUUUCUCUGCCACCUUCGAAGACUCCGUAUGGAAGUUUGCCCAGAAAGUGGUCCCAGACCCAAACAUUAUCAAACUGAAGCGCGAGGAGGAGACAUUGGACACCAUCAAGCAGUAUUACGUCCUGUGCAAUAACAGAGAUGAGAAGUUCCAGGCCUUGUGUAACCUCUACGGGGCCAUCACCAUUGCUCAGGCCAUGAUCUUCUGCCAUACCCGCAAAACAGCGAGCUGGCUGGCAGCAGAGCUCUCAAAAGAAGGCCACCAGGUGGCCCUGCUGAGUGGCGAAAUGAUGGUGGAGCAGAGGGCUGCGGUGAUCGAGCGCUUCCGAGAGGGCAAAGAGAAGGUGCUGGUGACCACCAACGUGUGUGCCCGCGGUAUUGAUGUCGAACAGGUUUCUGUUGUCAUCAACUUUGACCUCCCCGUGGACAAGGAUGGGAACCCGGACAACGAGACCUACCUGCACCGGAUCGGGCGCACGGGCCGCUUUGGCAAGAGGGGCCUGGCAGUGAACAUGGUUGACAGCAAGCACAGCAUGAACAUCCUCAACAGAAUCCAGGAGCAUUUUAAUAAGAAAAUAGAAAGAUUGGACACGGAUGAUUUGGACGAGAUUGAGAAGAUAGCCAACUGAGACGCUCCACCAGUCGCCAGUGCCCACCCCCGGCAUUCCGCCUGCACGGGAGACCGGUGCUUUCACGGCACAGGCCUCGACAGUCACCACAAAGACAAAGGCAGAGGAGAGAGAAACUACCUACCUCAUUUUAAAUUACGUUUGGACUAGACAAAAAUUGUGCAACUGAUGGGGGAAGGUAGAAGGAAAAUUUUGCAUUUCGGAAAAUGUAGUCCUCCCCUGCUCCCACCCUUAAGCCAUGGGUUUUCCCCAUCUUUAUAAUAAUCUGGUCGCUAUGGAUAAUCGCUGAGCCUAGGAUCCCCUGCUUGUUUUGUUGCUGGGAUGAUAGGACCGACCUCCAGCCCCUGCAGAAACGGUCCAUGUAGAGUGUGGGAGAGGCUUCACAGCACCAGCGUGUGAGCCCCACUGCACAGAUGGAAUGUGGGGAGCAGCGGUAGAGACCCUUGGGCUCUCUCCCUUCUCGGGCCCUGACUGGAGACCUGCCACCAAUGUCUCUUGCCCUUGGGGCCAUCUUCCUUCUCCUAAAUCCAGAGAUGUUCCAGCUGAUCCCUUUUACCUCUGUUCUCUCUGCCAGAGGAUGUCCCUGUUUCUCUCUGGGUGAGCAUCUUGGGUACUUUUGUAAACCUCAGAUUUAGAGAGAAACAUGGAAGUCCGUGCAUCUUCCAGAGGGAUUGGUCUGGCAAGGGUAGAUGAAUCCUUUGAGAAUCUGGGCCUUCCUGUUCCUGCAGUUCUGUGUUUGCUCAGGCACUGGGAGUCAGUCAUGGUGGCCAGGAGACACUGGGUGAGUUUCUGACACACACCUGGCCACGUGAGUUGGUUCUUAUCCAUGGGGUGUCACACUAUGCCUGGAGGCAGUCAGCAGAGUUUGGAAAGGAAGUUAUGACCAAGUGAAAACUCCGAUAGUGCUCUUUAUCUGUAAUAGUGGACCUGUUGGUUACUUUAAUUCAGAGGUCAUCUAUAUGAAUAAGGACAGAUAAAUUUGAGCUAUACCCAUCAUUCAUUAUGUUCAGAAAUUUUAAAGUAAUUAUGAAAGGCUUUACUAAUCAUGAUUCAUUUUUAUUUGUAUUUUUCUGCUAAUUAGACUAAUAUAUGCUCAUUAAAAAGGUGUGUGUGUAUGUAUAUAUACAUAUAUAAGGUGCAAGUGCUCUCUAUCCCCACCUCUCUGGAAUCACCAUUAGCAUUUUGGUGAACACUUGAUAUAUUUCCUUCUGUUUACAUACCCACUUUUUUACAAAAACGGUAAUAUUCUAUUCA